AUGGACAUCAACUAUGUACGCCGAUGCAACUCAGCGCGUUGGAACGUGGAAGGCGCGUUGGUUAACCCGAACGUUACAAAGCCCCGUCGGUACGCGAUACAGCUGUCGAGGCGGGAGUACCACCCGGGCCUGGCCGACUCUACAUCGGAGCAAUUCACGGAGCUGGAGGACGAACUGACCGACACACUGUGGAGGUACUACGCCGCGGAAGGAUACGCCAAAGACAUCCACAGCAUCCAGGUGAACGGGUUCUCUCCCGGCCUGAUCGCAGACUACACGAUAAACCUCCGCAACGACUCUGCCGUCACAGGCCUGCAGCUACAGAACGCUCUGUGGAGCGCGCAGAAGCAUAGCGACCCGCUUGGGCUGGAGCUGGGAACUACCUGCUGGCUGGAUGAGCCAGCUGAGAAAAACGGCAGACCGCCAUGUCGAACAACCACAGGGACUGUACCUGUAGCGGCCGAACCCCAGGACAUCAGCGGACUAGUGUGGCCGGUGGCGGUGGCGCUCCUGACUGCCGCCGCUCUCAUACCUCUCGCCGCCCUGCUACCCAAGGCGUUCGCCGGAGCUCACCUCCCAGGCCGUGGCAUCUAUUCGCCGAAGAACCAGCUCUACAUCCCGAAAGACAAGAUGUACAAAGGGUUUGACAUCGGCGGGAAAGGCGGGGUGCAGGUUCGGCGGUACCUGCCAGGAAGGGAGGCGGGGCUACACUCCGAGGCACUGGGGCGGUUCGACAAGAUCAAACCACAGCCUCAGCCUCCUCGUCAUUCCUACAACCCCCUCAACUUCAGGACGGAGCCGCCAGUCCCUCGGCACACCUACAACCCUAACCCCCAACCCUCGGCACCUCCCAGGCCGGUGAGACCCCCGGCACCCCCUCCACCGAGGGCGAACGGACCCGUCGUACCUGCCCGAGCCCCCAAACCGGCACCUGCUCCACCUAAGGCCCCGCCUGCACCACCAAAGGCCCCACAUGUACCGAAGCCACACACCUACAACCCAGUAGGAGAACCUAAACCUCCACCAAGACGACCCAAAGCUCCACCAAGACGACCCAAGGCGCCACCAAGGAGGCCUAAACCUCCACCCAGGAGGCCUAAACCUCCUCCAAGGAGGCCUAAACCUCCACCAAGACGACCUAAGCCCGCCCCGAAAGCUCCACCAAGACGAGAACGUCUAAGAACUCCUCCUAAAGCUCCUCCAAGAAGGGAGCGUCUCAGAACGUACAACCCGAGACCUUACCAGCCACAACAACAGCCAGCUCCAGUACCUCCUCCUAGAACCAAGGUCAAGGUGAAGAUUAUACCGAUGCCCGAGCCCGUUCCAGCACCCCUGACCGAAACUUUGGUCCACAUUGUUACUCUACCUAAGCCUCCUCCUAUGAACACAUACAAUCCUGUACAAUACGACCCACCCAAGCCUAUACCAAACGGUAAUGCCCCAAGCGUAGGAGCGACGCAAAGCUUGCCGCCUCCUCACACGUAUAAUCCCUUAGCCAACGAGAAAAGGUUUCCCGAAUGGCAAGACGGGGGUUUGUCGAGGCCCCACUCCGCCCCGCAUACAUACAAUCCGAUGCCAAACGGUUUUGUACCCAGGUCAUUGCAGGGUAGUCUCUCAAUCGAUCUCUGA